UCUAAAAAAUAGGUGGUGAAUAUUUCCUGGUGAAAUAUUUUUAACACUUUCCUGGUCUAUUUUACCAAUGCUCCUGGUUAUUAACGCUAACCAAAAUAAUGUUAAAAUCCUACUCAACACAGAAUCUGGUGAAGAUAUACUCAUCUCAUUUCUGAUUGGUUUAUGAAUAUGUGACGUCUUAAGUGACAUCGUUUGUUAGCCAUUUUAUUGUUCGCGCUCAAAGUUUUCAUCACGACGACGCGGUAAACUUGAUGUCCUAUUGAUUGUUGUUCAAAGUGGUUAUUCUUGUUUUAAAAUGACGAGCUAUGUAUCGGAAAAACUUGAGGAGUGGAAUCUUCAAAGUUUGAAAGAGAUAUUUGAAGAAAACUUGAUCGAUGAAGAGGCUUUUCUGCUGUUAGACGUAGAUACAAUCAAAGAAUUAAUUAAACCAGUUGGAUCUAGACUGAAGUUUAUCGCUAACUUAAAGAAACUUAAAGAAGACAUGCUUCCGGUAGUUGUUCCCAGUCAUAAUGAACAUUGCAUGCAGAGUCUAAAUGAUUCACUUUCAUCGGACUCUUCAGAAGAAUUUAUUGCUACUACCAGUCAAUGUUCAUCUCAAUCCAGUGAAGAGUUUACUGAACCUCCCAGGAAAAAAAUUAAGUCAGUCUCAACUUUCAUACCUCAUGUUCGUGCCUUGCUGGAGUCUUCUGUUGUCGGCGAAUCAAUAAUUAAAGAGAUAGAGGAAGGAGAGACAUUUUGUACAAUACCCUCAAACUUCCUGUUUAGUAAAGACCGACUGCUAGUUGCUUCAUCUGGUUCGGCAUCGAACCUAAUUAAGGAAUUAUCGUAUCACAUUUCAAGAUUUAGAUUAAGCGACCUAAAGUUUGACAUGAACUAG